AUUAAAUAUCAUUAUCCCACCUCCUCUCUUUUUCUUCCUCUUUAAACACAUACACUAAGCUCUAAAGCAACAAAGAGCACGGCAAAGCAAUUCACACUAAGCUGUAAACCAAUACAGAGCACGGCAAAGCAAUUCAUUCACACAUGGGUAAUUGCUUAAAGCAUCCAUCGACGGGAAAAUACACCACCGACGAUGACGACUUCUGGGAUUACACGCUGGAGAAGGAGGUUGUUUAUUGCCCCGAGAAGGACACUGGUGGCGGCAGUACCACCGGUAAAACGACGGGGCUGAAGAUAAAGAUAACGAAGAAGCAGCUGGAGGCAUUGCUAGGGAAGGUAGAUGUGAAUGAUCUGAGAACGGAUAAAUUUAUGGCCCAACUGAUCAGUCACGGUCAUCACUUUCAGACGCAUCAACGACGUUGGAAACCUGCCCUUCAAAGCAUCCCUGAACUCUAAUCAUUGUACCUGGUAGGGUAGUUGUUACAGCUAGUUUUGCUGUUUGUAUAUAGGGAGGAAGCAAUCCUUUGGUGAUAGAGUUUUCUCGUAUAUAUGAUCAUUUUGUUUUUGUCGCUUUUCCUUCCCCUCUGUGAGCUAUAUAUAUUGGAUUGGAUUGAAGC